UCUCUUCAUUUUCAUUCCUCUCUGUUUCAGUGUUGUGUUUUGUUGGUAAACAAGGGAGGGGGAAAACAAAGCAACCCUCACCUCUUUUUCUCUCGGACCCACUUCUUCUUCUUCAUCCUCCUCAUCCUCCUCCUCUGUUUUCUCUGUUCUUUUGUUGGCGAACAGGGGGAAACAGAGGAACACCCCAUUCUCCUCUUUUCUCUCUUUUUCUAGUACAGAUUAAAAAAGAAAAAGAAGAAAAAUGGUUUAUGAAAAAGGAGCAACACAAUCUAAUCUUGAAUGUUUUCUUGAUUGUACUACUCCUGUCAUUCCAUCACAGUUUCUUCCAAAGACUGCUAUGAGGAAUCUAAAUCAACUUUGGCAUCCGUGGGAGAGAGAAAGAAUUGAGUAUUUCACAUUAGGAGAUCUUUGGAGCUGUUAUGAUGAAUGGAGUGCUUAUGGUGCUGGAACUCCGAUUGUACUAAACAAUGAUGAAACUGUUGUUCAAUACUACGUUCCUUACCUCUCAGCAAUUCAAAUUUUCACAACUAAUACAAUGUUAUCAAGUUUCAGGGAAGAGGCAGAGUCUGGUGAUUCAGAGACAAGGGAUUCGUUUAGCGAUUCUUUUAGUGAUGAGAGUGAGAGUGAAAAACUAUGGAGAUGGGAUGGUAAUUCUUCAGAAGAUUGUGGAUUCGAACAAGAAAAUUUAUGCCACCUAAAUGACAGAUUGGGUUCUCUUUAUUUUCAGUACUUUGAGAGAUCACCUCCUUACGGAAGAGUUCCUCUUAUGGACAAGAUCAGCGGAUUGUCCAGGCGGUUUCCCGGGUUAAUGAGUUUAAAAAGUGUUGAUCUUUCACCAGCUAGCUGGAUGGCCGUUGCUUGGUAUCCAAUAUAUCAUAUCCCAACAGGAAGAACAGUGAAGGAUUUGUCAGCUUGUUUCCUUACUUAUCACACCCUAUCUUCAUCUUUCCAAGAUGUGGGGCAUGAAGAAGAAGAAGAAGAAGAGGAGACGAGUGGAAUAAUGGAAAGAAAGAAAAAGGAAGUGAAAGGUGUGGAACUCCCACCAUUUGGGUUAGCCACUUACAAGAUGCAACAAGGGAAUCUAUGGUUUUCGGGGGAGAACGGUCGGGACCAAGAGAGGUUUAUGUCGCUAAUGAGUGCAGCGGAUUCGUGGCUAAAGCAGCUUAGGGUCCAACACCAUGACUUCAAUUAUUUCACUGGAAUGAUUCGGCAUUAGCUAGAUGAUCAAGAUGGUGAAUGAAUUUGCUGAUUCCCUCCCACAAAAGUAACCCCAACAGGAAAAGAGGACUUUCUUUUUUCUCCAGAAAUUCUCUCCUUUUUUUCCAAACCGCAUAUACAUACAUAACUAACAAACAAAAGUAGAAAGAACCAAACAAGUUUUUUUGUAUUGCUCUUCUUCUCCUUUUGUCUUGAGAGGAUUAAGUUGGUUUGUGUGUGGCUGGCAGUAUUGUAUCUUUGUCACGUUAGGCUUUUGUUGUUGGGUUCUUAAACAUAGCCGGCCGGUGCUGAGUUGAGUUGAUUUGAGCCUUUGAGGGAUAUGAUAGGGAGCGGACUUGUCUGAAGAACAUGGUCCCUGACUCCAUGGAGAACCUAGAAUUUGAUGGGAGAGAGAUUAGGGGACGAGGGAUAUGAAACGGAAUGCUCAUGCAGUGUGCUUUCAAGACGAUAAUUGUAUAUGGGUGGUGUAAUUUUAUCCAAAAACUGAACAUAUUUUACAUAACGUUUAAAAUCAAGUUGUUUCAUUAUUUAUAGCUCAAAACAGAAGUACAUUAUUUGGGGACCAACUUGAAUUCCACAGCUAAUGGUUUUCUAGAUAUCUAGGACACGAAAAUUAAUGUAAGAAUUGGUAUUAGUUGGCUGGUUGAAGUUGGUUUACUUAACGGCCGGUCAACUCCUUCCACCAAGGAUAAGUCUUAUAGGAGUGCUUUGUAUCCAUAAGGUUGGGUGAUCUAUUAUAUUUAUAUAAAAGAAAUAAAGGUGAUGUAAUAUAACUUGAA